ACCUGGGACCUCUCUCAAUCAAUUAUUUUAUCAUUAUAAUAUAAUCUAUUAGACACAUGCACACAUGCACGCACGUGGAAAAUAAUUAAGGUAGAAAGAUUUGCAAAAUACAAAUUCACUAUGGCAUGAUAAAUAACGCAAAUAAAAACGUUGAGAUGACAAUUGUAGUAAUAAAGUACCGUUUCAAAAAUGCAGAUGUCGAAUUAGCAGUUGAUCCGAAAGAUCGACAGAAAUACAUGACAACGAUGGUUCGAAACACCUUUGAGACAUCUUCGUAAAGCUCCCAUUCGUCUUCAUCUUGGAGAAAUUACACGAUGAAUAAAAAAUAUCACUACAUUUCAACCUAUCAAAAGGACUAUACCUGGCCCUACGUGUCGUCUGCUAUGUCUAUAUGUCGUACUCAACCUCCAGCUAAACUUGCACCGGUCGUCGUUAAAGGUUGCAUUUGUACCGAUUCACGGCGAAUACGUAAAGAGGAGCGUUUCGAGUGGAGUCGGGUGGGUCCUAUGGGACGACUUCUGGAGCCAAAGAUUUAUUCCAAGAUCGAACGGAUUCCUGAAGCGCAUGUAACACGAUUCGACCAGCUACCCAGUAUUUGCUAUGGCGCGUCAAAGAAAUCAUUUUUGAAUGAAACGAUUACGCGGGUGGAUGCUGAUCGUAUGAAAACGACAUAUCAGGCGGAUUACAGUGAUCCUGCAGCUGCACGUAUGACACAACGUGACAUAACGAUGACGGUCACUGAUACAAACGGCCAACACCUACGAUGUAUGCCAAUAAAGAUCAUAACUAUAAAAGCUGACAGUCUGCCGUGUUGUAAUCUUCCGAUAUGUACCGAAAGUACGAAUGUUUGGAAACGCGAUUAUACAAAAAAAGAUGGAUCAAAACGCGAAAAGAAGUGCGAAGAUGUCGAGAGAAGACAGAUGACAUUGCCAUCCGGGAAAUCAGAAUAUCAAGAUAGCAUUAGUAAAAUUGGCCAUGCCAUUAUGAGAGCUAAAUUGCAUCGUGCAAAAAAGAAACCACUGCAGUAUCAAUAUACUACAUCCAGUUGAACAUGUCAACUUAACACAACAACCAACCACCAAAUUACACAAUCCAAUCUUUCGACGAAUCAACGUAGAAAAUUCAAAAUAUAAUACAAUAAUAAUUAAUAUGUUUAUAUCGGCUUUCAGAUGCAAUGUACAAAAUAUUUCGGAAACAAACGCAUUGAAAAUAUUAUGCAAUAUAUACAUGUCUACUCUAGAUAUUUGUAAGAAAGAUAUUAAUUAUUAUACAUAUGUAUUUCAGUCUAGUCGAAAUGUUGUUACACAUAUAAAAAUACGCGAUUACAAAAUUCAUCGAAUUAAUCAAGUAAAUCAAGUAGCUUCAACGAAAAUAAUUGUCAACGCAAGAUACUGAAAUUCAUAUAUUCAUAUUGCAAUUAUAAUAUCGUUAAACGUACUACGCGCUCUAUGGAACGAUCAUCGCGAUGAUUAUUGGUGAAAGCGUCGCUUGGACUUUUACAAGAGUAUUGAAAUUUAUAUGGCCUGAACACAGAAGCUGCCUUGUUUCACGUACUCGACAGCCAUUCUGCUCAAGCCAAGAUUAACCUAUCGCGUAUAACUACUGACAGCUUGCAAUUAGUCUCGAAAAUUUCUAGUACAGGCUUUGCUUUCGCUUUGCUAAAAGUUAUUCUUGAGGAAACUAGACGAAAUCGUAGGUGGAAAAU